CAGCAGGAGCGCACGAGAGGAGCGCGAAACCACUGGACUCUUUAAGAAAGAUUCUUCCUUAAUUCACAGAUUGAAGUUGAUGCUUCCUCUGUGAAGGAAACGAGACUGGUCCGCUGUUGAUGUUACGAUGAUCGAUCUGUGGAGUUGUUGGACUCUACAGAAGAUUCGAUGAUUCUUCGGAGCGAGACCAGAUGAGACCUGCGAGCACUGGACCCUUCCUGAGAUGUGCAGCUGACCUCUGACCCUCGCACCAUGGACGUCCGUCUGCAGGCCAACCCUCAGCUCCACUACGCAGUCAACGGGGGGGCCGGCCGAAACCCCAGGUUUGGUGAAGACGAUGCUCUGAAGUUUCUGAGCCAAGAGGAACAGGAGUGCAUCCAGUUCUUCGAGGACACCAUCGACUCUUUGGAGGAGGGUCUGAGCGAGGACGACCAGAGGUCCGGGCAGAUGAAGCCUGCCGCAAGCAGCAGCGGUCCUGUCGAAGAGAUGGACAGAUGCCUAACCUCGAGCCCCAAACCUGCGGUCACUGUGUCUUCCCUCGUGGCCAGACCUCUCAGUCCCAAAGACCAGGAUAUUAUAGACCUGGUCCGCCCAGAGCCGGACUUGGUGAUGACGAAAGAGCCAAUCUUUAAUCCCACCACUCCAGAUUUUCAGAGUAUGUUGCCGACCCCUGAAAGCCACUUCGAGAUAAAGCCGUGGCGUGAUUCGAUGGACAGCUUGCCUUCAGAGUACAACCCUCCCUUACCAAGUGGCAGCUUUGGGCCGACAGACAGCCACUCCUCCUACCACCCUCCAGGCUGUAUUCCCACUCCGGUCCUGAUUGCCCAGAAGAUAGCUGAGAACCAGGCAGGUGGAACCUCCACCUUGCUUCCCUCCUCACUCCUCCACCGCCGCAGCCUCGACAAUGAAAACCCACCGAGCUACAGCGCAGAUCCUCCCGUGAAACAGGGUCCUCCUACCUCUGCUAAGCCGCCCCGCUUCCCUGCUAACAUCAGCAUGAUACUCGGCAGCAAGGAGCACCAGAACCAGUCUCUGGCUAAUGUGAACAUCCACGAGAGACGGGCACAAAUGCUGGCAAACCUCACAGGGACACCCCACCCUCUGCUGCAGGAAGAUCCUCAGCAGGCUGCGGAGCAGAAGGCUCGAAAUAUUCCCACUCGCAGCAUUUCCUUCAGGGACCCAACACCUGACAAAUCCAGGAUGGAGGCCUUGUCUAAGUUGGGCCUAAACAGGAACCGAGCCAUGUCUGGGUGUCCGUCGCUCCUUCCUAACAGCACCAUGCUGGAUCCUCUUGCGGGUGCAGAAACCAGUGCCAAACCUCUUGAAGCCAGUGUUCCCCCAACAACAGAUACCAGCACCAAAAUGCCAGAAGCCAAUGUUACAACAUCACCUCUGAGCCAGAGUCACAGCGACAAAAAAGCAGAGAUUCUGCUGACAAAUUCCCUCAGGAGCCAGGAACACAGAAACCCCCAGCCGAGCCCCUCACCUCCAGCAGUGACACAAAGCAGUUACAACCCACCUCCUUUGGAAAACAAGGCAUCUGUCCCCCCUCCACCUGAACUCACCUUGCUGGAAUUUAACAGCUACGGAGGGAAAUCUCUCGUGGUCAACCCCUCUCUUUCCUCCAGGAGCGAACCUGAAACCCAUCCAACCAGCCAUGAAUCCAAAAUCCUCCCACCUGCACUGGGUAACCCCAGCGAGUUCAACACCUACGGGGGAAAGACCAAAGUUAUGACCCCUGUUUCCGUAACCGUGAAGAGGAACGACCUUCCUGACAUCCUCAGCUCCCAUAUCAACAAGAGUCAAACCUUGCCCGCCAAAUCAGAGCCGCUGCCCAUUGAACUUAACAGUUAUGGAGGAAAGAGCCGAACCAUCAACCCUUCCGUCGGGUUAAAUCGCCCUUCAGAAAGCUCAGCAAAGAGUUUCAAAGCUCCAGUGCCGACCCCGGCCCCAAGACCUCCUCGUCACUCCUACCAUGGCGCCAUUACUCCCCCGAAAGCAGCACAACGAGCCUUGUCCCCUGAUCAUAAGCGGAAGUCUGCCUCCAUGUUUCGUCCCCAGGGCAUCACCGUGCAGUUUUCUGGACGGGGGGCGACGAACGAAUCGCGCAGGGAGGCGCUGAAGAAACUGGGGCUGCUGAAAGACUCUUGAAAAACUUUGUCGAACCUGAAUCUCUGGUGCGUACCUGCUGGUGUGGGUGGUAUUCUGGAAGUUUCUCCAUGUGUAUCUGAGCUCGAGGCGUGGUUGGAGAGAGGCAUACUUUUACAGAGGAAUGAAGCCGGAUCCUGUGAUAGACCUGCACAGCCAGUUCUCAAUUCCUGGCCAUAAAGAAAAACUGACAAACAAGUAUGGCACUGUGCAGCUGCUGCACACUCAACACUGUUUUGACGACAAAAGUCUUAACAGAUAAAACUGCAAACUGCUUCCUUUUGCCUCUGACCCAAGACAUCAUAUGCCUCUUUUGGGACAAUCUGAUGCUGUAAAGAGAAACAUCACAAAAGAGGCUGAUAGUGAACAGCUAGAUUUAUUUUAAAACUGGGCCCCACUUCUGAAAAUCAUCUUAUUGUCAACAGACCCAACGAAAAGACCUGAAACCGACAACGUGUUAGUGUGAGGCAUUCAGCUCCAAGCCACGAAUGAACCAAUUAUACUGAGGAUGUAAAUCCUAAAAAGCACAACUCAAAAAAUUCCUUAUUCAUUUCCUUAAAGAACUGGGGACUUUAGUUUUUAAAGAACCGUCACUCUGACUGGAGGAAAUAGUGCAUAUGUUGGGGACUAUUUUCAGCGGUGGAUUAAUACACAUGUGAUACUAUAGAGAGUUUUUCCAGGAGCAGGAUUGAGUCAAAAUAAAGUACAAUGGGACUUUGCCUUAAGAUGCUCUUUGGAAAGGGGCCCAUAAUAUAAGUUUUAUAUAAUAUUUCCAUGUCAACAAUAAGGCUGGAUCCUCAGUUGGGCAAAGCUGGCAUUUGUUUUUUUGAGGACUUAUGUUGUUUCAAAAUGUAGUUUUAAUACCAUUAUUACAUCAGAUUUUAAUUGAAUUUGUUCUUAAUCAAAGUCACAAAAACUAACUGACACCCUGCAAACUUGGGGCAUGUUUGUAGUCCAUAAUAGGAUUGUUAAUGGGAGCUCUGGGGAAUGUAUGGCAUAUAUAUGAUCAGGGAAACCGGGGGGGGGGGGGGGGGGGCAGAGAGCUCAGUUUAGCCGCAGGGUUAGCAGGUUAUUCAGGCUGCAAAUUGUAUUUUACGUCGUUAAAAAUUAGAGAAGAAAAAAAAGAAAAUUGAAAACAACAAACCCUCACCACUUACUGAGAAAACACCUCCUGACCAUUGUUUCUAUAUUUCUAUAUUUAUAUUUCUAUAAAAGUAUAUCUCUUGUUUUACGGUGUCACCUCCCCUCUCAUAAGUGAAAUUAUUUUUCAUACCCAGGCUGUGAAGUGUUUAUCACCUCUGUUACAUGGGAACCUUCUUCUCUGUUUUCACUGGUUUUUGGGCAUUUUUAGUCAGCAGGGAGUGUGGGUCAUUUUUUUUUCUGCUUUCUGGGGCGAGAACAAAGUUGAAAGCACUUUUCUCAAGAGGAAUUUUAUUACGUCUGACAUAUUGUGACAGUUAUAAAGAGGCUUGUGUUGGCGUCCCGGACUAAUGAUGGUGCAGGAGUCGGGGGGGGGGGGGGGGGGGGGGUAAAGCCGAGUUGAGCUGGAGGAUAUUUUUACUCCGCGGACAAAACCUCCCACGCCAAACCACAGACUGUGGAAUGGGUUUGCGGGCAGGGCUUUUAUUUUUUCUUUACUACGCGGAGGGAGAUGUUUAAAACUGCUCUUUAGGGAUGGGCGGGCACAUGGCAUUGUACAAAACACAAGCACUAAAACCACAGAGUCUAGAAAUACAUCCUGGGUCACUCAUGUGUUUUCAUUCCUGUCAAGCUGUUGUCAAUAUCUUUGCCGUUUCUGACAUUUGCAAGUGUGUUAUUUAACUGUCUGUCUGUGUGUGUGUGUGUGUGUGUGUUAAAUCCGGACUCCGGCCUCUGUAGUUCACCUACAGUAACUUUUGAAGUAUAUUUUGUUUCACACAGGGACGAACUCCUGUGUGAAUUUUUUAUUUUUGUGAAUUUGUUUACAGACUCCGGUUCUCUGUAGUUUCAGCUACAGUCAUUUUUGAAGUAUCUAAUGGUGCAUACACACAGUGUGCGACUACAGGUUGUAUAACACACCCCACUGUGUCUGCAGACUAGACAGAUCUGCACAGACUGGGAUAAAAAAAGAAAAGAAAAGAAAAGAAAAGUGCAUCCAUGUGUGGGGAAGCGGGACGAUCAGUGUCCGUGUGGACGUCGCUGCUAUGGGACAAACAGCCUGGUCGACUUUCUGACUUUUGAAAUGUCCACAUUAUAUAUUGUAUAUACUCUGCAUAAUGUAUGUAAUGUUGAAUUUUUGUCAGUCAUUAAAAACAGAAUAAUCAAAACUUCUCUCCUGCUUG